CCGAGCCUCUCUGCCAUGCCGCGCUGGGCCAAGCUGGUGGAGCCCGUGUGGAUGGCUCUGCCGGAGCCGCGGGGAAAGCUGUCUCUCGCCGCGCGUGACCUGCGCCCGUCGACGCUGGGCGGCUGCGCUCCCGGCGAGCCGCCGUGCGACUCCCACGACGACAAGGCCACCAGCCUGGGGCGGCGCGACUCCGAGGAUGCGAGCACCGCGGACGCCAGCGCCUCCGACAGCUGCGCGGACGGCUGGCGCGCCGCGGCGCUCCCCCGGCCUGCGGAGCUGGGUUGGAGGCUGGUCGUCAAGAACACUUUCGUCGAGUGCGAGCUGCUCGAGGAGAGCGGCAUGUGGCUCCACGCGCACCACCCUGCUGUUCCGCAACCGUACCUCCUCACGCGGGACAUGUUCGUAGAGCUCCUGAACUCGCACGGCUUUCGAGGCAAGUUUGACCUGGUGUAUUUGCCUAUCGAUUUCAAAACGAACCAGGCUCUCGGCUAUGCGUUCGUGAACGCGAUCGAUCCCGAAGCCGCCAUCAGUCUCUUCCACGUCUUCGAGGGCAUCCAAGCGUGGCCCAGGAAGAGCUCGAAGACGUGCGCUGUGUGCUGGGGUGGCCGGCAGGGUUUCGAGAGCAACGUCCGUGUCUAUCGCAAUUUGACCGUCAUGAAGGUGGCCGCUCCCGAGGCAUGGGAGCCAGCGACUUUUUCAAAUGGCAUUCAGGUGCCCUUUCCCGCGCCCACGCGGGCGAUCAAAAAGUACUGGAAGCGGCACCUGCGCACCGGCAGCACCACCAGAUUGGCAGCCUGA